AUGUGGUGCAUUCUCAUGCUUCUCGGUAGUAUGAUUUUGGAUGAGACUGGCAUAUUGCAGACGCAAAGAUGUCAUAUUAUCCAUGUUGCUGCUUUUUCAAGCGCACAAAACACUAUUGUGCAGAAAUGUCCAACGUGGGAACGUCGACGACGCUGUCGGAUAGAAAAGGAUGAUGAUGAUGAUGAUGAUGAUGAAUCAGACCACCACCACCACCACCAACAUGACCUCAAUAAAGCAUAUGGACCCGUCGUUGUGGUUGGAAAGAUUAUCAUUGACGAGUACCGAUCUCCUCCACUACCGGUAGUAGAGAACGACAACAGUCGUAGCAAUCGAGAGGAUGAGGGGGGAACGGCAGAAAAGAAGCAAAUAAUAACCAUUGGAGGCGGGGGACCUCAGGCAGCAUGGGGAGCAGCUGCUGCCUUGGCGGUAAUGGAACGAAUGGAAACAACAACAACAUCAUCAUCGUCAUCGUCAUCAUCAUUCGAGACUCAAGGAAAUAAAAAGACCCGAAACAACAACCAAACCAUGAAUGAUCUUCCAUCGAUCCCGCCUCGUAAACAAAAGGUCGCCUUUUUGGGUCCAGUGGGAAACGCAAAUGGACUAGUGCCGGACAUUCGAGAGGGAUUGCAACAAAUUUUGGGACCCGCGGUGGAUACCAUCGAGUUGAUAGUAGAACCAUCCUUGCAAACACCUACCAUUCAGCUAUGGCAUGACGAGCAUCAAGAUAUUCAAUGGAAACCACUAAAUGAUUGUUGGGGUCCAAAGGGAGCAGAUUCUCUCUGGAGAAAUCGUCCAAGCGCAGACGACAUACUCCAAUUGGAUUGCUUGAGCCAAAAUUAUGGUGGACAAGAUGGACAAAUAGGCAGCGCGACAAACACUGAGAGUGGCAUGGAUAAGGAACAAAUGAUUUCAAAUUUGCACUUGAUCAUGGAAAUGGGAGCUUCUGCUGCCGGUGGAGGACAAGACAGCGAGUUUCUUUUUGAUUCGAACUUGAUGAGCCAGGUGUCACACUUGUGCAUCGAACCAGUGGCUUUUCCAGAAGCAACCAACGAUGAGAAUGGAACACUUGCCAUUCCCCAUCAAGAUGUUGCAUCUUCUCAGGAGCGGUUGCGACCCCAUGCUUCCAACAUCAAUAUGAUCGUUCCAGAUUCUCAUUUGGUGGAUGCUUGGAUCAAGUCAGGUUACCUGCAGGAAACCUGCCGAACGAAAGAAGUGAUUGGUAGGUUUGGGCCUCUUGGUAGUCGGAUAUACCGGUAUACAAGCGGUGGUGCAAAAUGGACUUGUUCUGACAAAUCUGAUGGAAUGGACCAGCAGCAGCAGCAGCAGCAGCAGCAGCAGCAGCAAGUGGACUACAUCAGUGUCCCCACAGCCACCUUGGAAACAUCGAAUGGCAAUCCCAUAAACCCCACCGGUGCAGGAAAUUCAUAUUCUGCUGCCUUGUCCACCUGUCGCUCUAGGGGAUGGUCGCUUGAGGAAUCAGCAUGUCUGGCUACCGCUGUUGGUGCUACAUUUUGCGAGUACGAACACCUUCCGCCGUGGAACUGGGAGGUGCUCGACCGGAUACAAAGGGGGACUCUGGAAGUUUACAACGCCAUUACUACAAGUACGAGUACGACAUAG